UCUGAAGCAAACUUCUCAGAAUGUUCUUAAAAGUUAAAGUUACGACACCACGCUCCACAGUGAGCUGCAGUACCCUAGUUUCUGAUUCUAAACAAUAUUAAUGGUUUGAACAACGCUAAAGCAGAAGCUGAGUGACAUUAUUGAGCCUUUGGUGUGGCUGUCAAGUUGUCAGCAGCAGAGUAUCGUCUGCUGGCCGCCGCCACCGCCGAGCCGUGAAGACCUGCCGUGUGUGGCUCCUCCGGCCGCCACCAUGAAGCUGCUCCAGGACAUCAAGCAGCUCGCGCACCCCUACCACGCCAUCAACCUGCUCAUGAGCCUGAGCUUCCUGCUGGCCAAAUAUGUGCCGGGCCUCUGCGAGCUCCUCUUCGAGCCCUCCCAGUGCGGCGAGCUGUCCAUCUGGGAGUCUGAGGUGCUAUUCUUUAUGCUGGUGAUCAUCAUGUUCCGAACCCGCAAGACUGGAAGCCGCAACAUGGUGGCAUACAUCUCAGUGUUCAACAUGUACGCCAAGGUGUGCAAUGUGGUGCUCUGGUUUAGCUGCGACACCGUGUAUGGCAUCAUCUACGUCAUUGUGGCCAUUGUUCAUUUCCUGGUUGUGGGGGAGCCAGUGUACAGAGGACCAGAGAAGGUUGUGUACUUCCAAGGAAAAAUCCUAGAUGAAGAGAUGGCCCAGGACCCCCAGUGUGUGUGGUUCAUCACUUUCUUCACUGCCUGGAGCCCAGCAUGCUCUAAUCUGGCACCAAUAUUUGCAAAGCUUUCUGCUGAGUAUACACUUGAUAACCUCAAGUUUGGCAAAAUUGAUGUUGGGCGUUAUCCUGAGGCAGCUAAACACUACCACAUCAACGACUCCAGCUUCUCUCUCCAGCUUCCCACCAUAUCAGUGUUCAAGGCAGGCAAGGAAGUAGAGAGACGCCCCUGUCUAAAUGCACAAGCAAAAUUUCAAAAGUUUUACUUCACUGAAGACAACAUUAAGGCUGCAUUUGAUAUGAAUAAUAUCUAUAUGGAGUGCAGUAAAAUUCUGGAAGCCAAGGCAGGCAAGAAAGAAAGCCAUGUCAAAUCUGAGUAAUAUGAUAAACUUCUAAAUAUUAUGUAAAUAUAUACUUUAGUUGUAAAGAACAAAAUUGGAGGUGAAGGUUUGAAUCCUUACUUAAAAGGCUACAUACACCUAAACAGUGGCUGUAAAUUAAUGGUCCCAAGUAUUUAUCAAUUAACUGUCCUUAUUAUUUCAUCCUUGUUGUGUGUAAACCACAUUCCUGUUUUCCUAUAGCUGAAGUUAUUUUUUUUUGUUAUAUCACCCUGUUUAGUAAUGGCUGCCAUUUUGUGUGGAAGGCUGCCUCUUAUGUUGUACAACUGAAUUAUGAAAAUUGUUUGUGAUGUAAAUUUGAAGGGAGAAAAAGGAGACAAUUUAUUUUGUACAAAUAUGUGUGGUGGAGUUUUAUAAACCAAUGUGUUGUGUUGUGUUAUUAAAAAAAUUGAAGUUGUUU